CAAGUAUAAAUAAAAAAAUUGGCAGUUAUAAUAUUCAAAACAAUUCAGAGGAAUUAUAAAAAUUUAAUAAGAUUCUAUAAUUGGUAAUAAGUAUCAUACAUUAUUGAAGCCAAUAAAAUAUUUUGGAUUUUAACAAAGAAAGCGUCCAAAAAUUUGAAAGGGAUAAAACAAAAUGAGUUCCAAGGACAUUUACUAUUCGGAUAAAUAUUAUGAUGAUUAUUAUGAAUACCGACAUGUUGUAUUACCUAAAGAACUCUUAAGAUUAGUACCAAGAUCACAUCUUAUGAGUGAAGAUGAAUGGCGUGGUAUUGGUGUCCAACAAUCUAGAGGAUGGGUGCAUUAUAUGAUUCAUACACCAGAGCCUCAUAUUUUACUAUUUCGACGUGAACUUAAGAAAUAGAAUUAC